AUGGCCGACGAAGAAAUAAUAGAUAGCCAAGUUGAAUUAGAUGUGGACAAUGCUGGCUGGUUACGAAGAAAACUGCGAUGGAAGCCAACAUCUAAAGGACUGUUAGCAGAGGCCGAGCAGAAACUGUUUCAGUCUCUCAAAGGAAAAUACCAGGGCAAGUACAUCCCCGUAUCAAAUGGGCAAAACCAGAUCUGGACAAUAUGUUUAAACGGACAGUUACAGUCAGUAAAAACUGAGACCACCCCAGAUGACAAAUCCUCCUUUUCUUCACACCAUCAUCAUCACCACCACCACCACCACCACCACCAUCAUCACGACCAUUCUUCAAAGAAAUCCCCCCUCAUCCUCAUUCAUGGCUUUGGAGGCGGAGUAGGCCUAUGGGCACGAAACCUACUUCCUUUAUCAAAAGACCGACCCCUCUAUGCAUUUGACGUCCUAGGCUUUGGGCGAAGCUCAAGACCAGAUUUUGGCCAUGACCCUAGUGAGAUCGAGGAGGAAUUCGUCCAGUCCAUCGAGGAUUGGAGAAAGGGUGUCGGUCUGGAGAAAUUUGUCAUGUUGGGUCACAGUUUUGGGGGAUUUUUGUCAGCGGCCUAUGCAUUGAGACAUCCAGAGCAUGUGGAACAUGUGAUACUGGUGGACCCCUGGGGCUUCCCUGAAAAGCCGGCAGAUUAUCAGCAGCUCAGGAGGUUACCUGUGUGGGCCAGGGCUAUAGCACGGAUGUUACAGCCAUUCAAUCCACUGGCAGGGUUAAGGGCACUGGGACCCCUAGGUCCAGGCUUGGUAAAAAAAUUCCGCCCAGAUCUGAUGCGUAAAUUUGGCAAUGAUGAAGAUGAUGGGUCUAUCCAGAACAUAGCUGAUUAUAUCUAUCACUGUAAUGCUCAGGACCCAAGUGGUGAAACAGCGUUCAAAAGAAUCAGCAUUCCAUUUGCCUGGGCAGCCAACCCGAUGCUACACCGUAUCCAUGAAAUACAGAAAGAUAUUCCUUUCACUAUGAUUCACGGAAAGGAUUCAUGGGUGGACAAUGAAAGCGCUUACAAGACCAAGAGCAUCAGGAGUGACUCCUAUGUUGGGAUAGAGAUCAUAGAAGAUGCAGGCCAUCAUGUGUAUGCAGACCGACCCAAAGAAUUCGAUGAAGUGGUGUUGAAAGUUUGCAAAAUGGUAGAUGAGGGAAACUUGAGGUCAAGUCCAGAGAAGAAAGAGACAUCUUUAUAACUCCAUAAUGAUUUUAAAUGAAAACUAUCAAACACAAGCCGAACAAUCUUUCAUACCAUUAGCUUACGGCCAACCUCGACGUAGGCCUUCAUCAGACUGAUGUGAGCAGAUGUUGUUACUCACUGACCUACGGGUGGUAUAGUGGCCAGUACCCUCCUAUAAAAGUCAGGUAGAUCGUCCCCUGUCCCUAUUCAUAAUAUUCAUUUAUUAUAUAUAUAUUUUCAUUGAAUAUAUAUAUUUUCAUUGAUCCAACUACCAGGCUAAUGAACAUUUUGCUCCAUAUUGAUUUAUUUAAUAUAUAGCUUUCCUCUUGAUGAGGUAAUUGAAGGUUCAAGGAACACAUCGAAUCAAUCAGAGAAAAUAAUUUCCUGACAAUGAGCUUUUCUCAGUUUGCCAGUAAUGACAAGAUGUAAUCAUGUCGCCCAUGCCAUAUCUAAAGCUUUGCCAAUUUUUAUUGAAACAUAAGAGAAUUCUUGUUGAAUAAAGUAACAGAAGUGUUAUUACUAGUUACCUAUUCUGCAGCUUCCCAAAUAUUAAGUAGAAAUGAGCCUAUGACUUAUUUUGGGGCAAAUAUAUAGUUCUGUUA